ACUACUACGGUGCCCGUGCCUGAUCCAUAUGUGGCUCUGACUAAUCUGGAUUCAUCUCAUUCAUGGUUUACAUGCAUUGAUCUGGCUAAUGCAUUCUUUUGUCUCCCAUUAGCAGAAGAGUGCUGUGACAUUUUUUUCAUUUACCUACAAGGGUCGACAGCUGGGGUACACCAGGCUACCACAAGGGUUCACACUGUCACCAUGGCUGUUCAAACAGGUCCUCAUAUAGGCUUUAAGUGACUGCAUUCUGCCAGACAACACCACACUCAUUCAGUAUGUAGAUGGUCUCUUCCUGGCGGCACCCACAGCUACUGUCUGUCUUACAGCAACCAGCUCUGUCCUGCAACACUUAGCCAGAAAAGGGUUUAAGGUAAGUAAAGCCAAAUUACAGAUAUCUAGGAAACAGGUUUUAUUCCUAGGCACAGCGAUCUUCCAGAAAGGAGCAGGGAUGGCUCCAAAAAUUGGCUACUGCCACUGAAUUGGCCUUACCAGACUACACGUUGCCAUUCUACCUUGAUGUUUCUGAAACAGAAGCAGUUGUUAAUGGCAUUCUGUUCCAGAAAAAAGGGGGAGAAAAAACAGUGCUAAUGUACAUAACUGCAAUAAACAAAUCCAUCAAACACGAGGCAGAAAUGAGGGAACAAUGCAGCAGAUCAUGCAGCAAAGAUGGCGGUUGGGUAUCAGGUUAAACGAGAACUAAUGUGUUCAGAAGAAGAGAUGGAACUGAACCAGAACUAAUUGACAUUAUAAGAUUGCAAAAGGGGGUCUCACCACAGGAGAAAACGCUCUGGAAAGCCAGAGGAGCUGCGGAGGUGGGAGGACUGUGGAGGAGUCCGGAUGGACGUCUUAUUCUACCCCAGGCAUGAGAAAAACAGCGCUAGAGGAGGCGCAUGGAGUAGGACACGUGGGAGCAGCACAGAUGCUGAGAAACCUGGAGAACUAGUGGUAUCCUCACUUGAAAGAUAUGGUAAAACACUGGGUAAGAACAUGUGAACUUUGCACCAAGUACAAUGCCAGACCGACCAUCAAAACUCGAACCGGGUAAGUAUCCUCUCGAAGUAUGACCAGGGAAAGAAAUUAUCAUAGAUUACACAGAUAUGAUAACCGCAGUAAGAGGGUACAGAUAUGUUGAUGUGUGUGGAUGUGUAUACAGAGUGGCCGGAGGCGUUGCCAACAAAAAGGGAGGAUAACAAGUCAGUGAUUAAGUUUCUGAUUAAUCACUACAUUCCUCAACAUGGGUUCCCAGAGAAAAUUCGAUCAGACAAUGGGACUCACUUCAAAAAUCAAGACCUCCAGCAGGUGGAGGCAAUGCUAGGGCUGAAACAUUCAUUUGGCACUGUUUACCACCCGCAAUCACAGGGCAAGGUUGAAAGGAUGAAUCAAACAGUUAAGCACAAAUUGGCAAAAAUAUGUGCACAGACUAACCUGACCUGGCUAGAUGCUCUACCCCUGGUGCUCAUGUCCAUUCGAAGCUCCAUUAACCAGAGCACAGGGUUCUCUCCUCAUGAGCUACAAACAGGGAGAGCUUUUCCAGGUCCCAUGACAAAAUUGAUUGGGAUUGGUGAAGACAAACAAAACCUGACCACAAGAGCAUAUUUUAAAGAACUGCAGUCUUUCGGUUCAGCUUUUGCCAAACAGGUCACGGACCGACAUGAGGGGGCGCACGAGGCUUCGUCACCAGAGGUGAAUUGGGUCCUGUUGCGGGUAAUCAAAAGCAAGUGGUCGGAACCAAGGUGGACUGGACCGUUUCAGGUGGUGAAGAGAACUUCGCAUGCAGUCCGACUGAAGGGUAAAGGAGACACCUGGUACCACUGGAGCCAGUGUGCAGCAGCGGAGGAACCGCAGCGGUCCCUCUUCGAGGUCCACCAGGACCUCCAGGCAGCAAACACUGACCCAACUGGGUUGGCCGUGAGUCACACACACAAAGGGGCAGAAUAAUCCCCGUGUGCUGACUAGGUGACAGGGCAGUCUACCCCUGGCACUGAAGAACAGAAGAGAAGACGUCACGGGAGGAGGUGAAAUAGCGCUCCUCUCCUGCAUGUGGCGUGCCAAGCCACCAACCUCCAAAACAGACACC